AUGCGUUACACAAUAUUAAUAUUAUUAAUUUGUCUAAUAAAUAUUUCAAUAUUAAAAGCUGAUGAUGAUGACAUUGAUGAAGAAGUAUCUAUUGAAGAUACUCCAACAACAUCAUCAUCACCAACUAUUGAAAAAACAAAUGUACCAAUAAUGAAAUCUUCAUCAUCAAAUAUUUAUUUUGAAGAUCAAUUUCAAGAUAAAACAAAAUGGUCACGAUGGGUUAAAUCACAAGCAAAAAAAGAUGGUGUUGAUGAAGUUUUAGCAAAAUAUGAUGGUGAAUGGAAUUUUGAAAUUCCUCAAUCAUCAAUUUAUAUUGAUGAUUAUGCAUUAAUUUUAAAAUCUAAAGCAAGACAUCAUGCUAUAAGUUCGAAUUUAUUUAAACCAGUUGAUUUUUCAACGAGUCCACUUGUUGUUCAAUAUGAAGUUAAAUAUCAAACAAAUCAAGAAUGUGGUGGUGCUUAUGUUAAAUUACUUUCUUCGGAUGGAAAAAAUCUUGAUUUGAAACAAGUGACAGAUAAAACACCAUAUACAAUUAUGUUUGGUCCAGAUAUGUGCGGUGCUGAACAUAAAUAUCAUUUUAUAAUUCGUUAUCGAAAUCCUAAAACUGGAGCAUAUAGUGAACAUCAAGCAAAAAAACCAACAGAACCAUUAGAUAGUUAUUUUACAGAUAAAAAAUCGCAUUUAUAUACUCUUGUUUUAUCGGCUGACAAUAGUUUUAAAAUGUAUAUUGAUAAUAAAUUAAUUAAUUCCGGUAAUUUAUUAACAGAUAUGGAACCAUCAAUAAUUCCAGCAAAAGAAAUUAUUGAUGAAACUGAUCGAAAGCCAGAUGAUUGGGAUGAUCGAGAAAAAAUUGCUGAUACAAAUGCAAAGAAGCCUGAUGAUUGGGAUGAAACAGAACCAAAAGAAAUUGCUGAUGAAUCAGCAACUAUUCCAGAUGGUUGGCUUGAAAACGAGUCUCCAAUGAUUCCAGAUCCAGAUGCUGUUAGACCAGCCGACUGGGAUGAUGAAAUCGAUGGUGUAUGGGAAGCACCAAGAAUCGAUAAUCCUGCAUGUAAAGAUGCUCCUGGUUGUGGUGAAUGGACAGCACCAAUGAUUCCUAAUCCAGCUUAUAAAGGUCCUUGGCGUGCACCAUUAGUCGAUAAUCCAAAUUAUCGUGGUAAAUGGGAACCACGAAAAAUUCCAAAUCCUGAUUAUUUUGAAGAAACUCAUCCAUACAAAUUAACUCCAAUUGGUACUCUUGCACUUGAACUUUGGUCAAUGGUUGAUGGUGUUGUAUUUGAUAAUUUUCUUAUAACAUCUGAUCAAUCAAUAGCUAAACAAUAUGGUGAUCAAAUUUGGUAUCCAAAAUCCAUUCUUGAAGGAAAAGCAAUAUCAGCUGCAUCAGAAAGUGUUAUUGAUGCUAUUGUUAAAGCAACUAAAGAUCGUCCAUGGUUAUGGGCUGUUUAUUUAGUUGCCAUAUUAUUACCAUUAGUUAUUCUUGUUGUUUUCUGUUGGUCAAAGAAAUCAGCAAAAAAACCAACAGAUGGAUUAAAAAAGAAAACUGAUGAAGUUGAACCAGAUUCAAAUGAACAACAAUUAUUAACAUCAGCAGAUAAUGAUGAAGAAGUCGAAGAAAUUGAAAUUGAUGAACAAGAAGUUAAACCUAAUGUUGCCAAUGUAUCUGGUAAAGAUGCACUUGAAAAUGAUGAUGAAGGACAAGAAGAAGAAGUUAAUGCCACCGAAACCAAUGAAGAUGAAAGUAAUAAAAAUUCAUCGCCAUCAGCUAGUAAUAAAGCUCGUCGUCGUUUACGAAAAGAAUAA